CAACCAGGGAGCCCGAAGGCGGGCGCAGCCUCGGAGGGACCGGCGCCUCGGGUGUCUCGCUGCCAGGAAGCUCGUGGGAGAGGCGCGAGCCAAGCCUAGGAAGUCGGCGUCCGCCGACAGAGGGACAGGUCAGGCGCAUGAACUGCACCCCACGCUGCUGCUUCGCCCCACCUAACCGUUAGGUGCUCUGAGGGCCAUGGCUGAGGUGCACGUCAUCGGGCAGAUCAUGGGGGCCACCGGUUUCUCGGAAAGUAGCCUCUUCUGCAAGUGGGGCGUCCACACAGGGGCAGCGUGGAAGCUCCUGUCUGGCGUGCGGGAGGGCCAGACACAGGUGGACACCCCCCAAGUAGGGGACAUGGCCUACUGGUCCCACCCCAUCGACCUGCACUUCGCCACCAAAGGCCUCCAAGGCUGGCCCCGGCUCCAUCUCCAGGUGUGGUCGCAGGACAGCUUCGGCCGCUGCCAGCUGGCGGGCUACGGCUUUUGCCACGUGCCCAGCAGCCCGGGCACCCACCGGCUGGACUGCCCCACGUGGCGGCCCCUGGGCAGCUGGCGGGAGCAGCUGGCUCGGGCCUUCGUGGGUGGCGGCCCUCAGCUGCUGCACGGGGAUGCCAUCUACAGCGGCGCCGACCGCUACCGGCUGCACACGGCGGCCGGAGGCUUGGUCCACCUGGAGCUGGGGCUGCUGCUGCGCCACUUCGACCGCUACGGGGUGGAGUGCUGACCCUGCCUGCGCUGGCGCCCGUCCACACCCCUGCCCACCUGCUGGGAGGGGGCUGGUGGGAUUGCCGUGGUCAGAAGCGGGGGCUCUGGACACUGUCGGGUCUGACCCCAGCCAGUACGGCAGUGGCUUCUGUCCCCACUAGCACCUCCAGCCCGGUGGCCACCCCCUCAGAUCCAGUUUCCUUGUCUGUAAAAUGGGGACAGUGAGUGUGCAGGGUGGCGGGGGUCAGGUGAGAAGAGGCUGGUUUGCCCUGCAAAUGCUCAAUAAAGGAGAGCGGCUCUUA